GGAUACCAUGCUCGUUCCACUUCCGUGAGAUAUAAAGAUUCUUCGAUAAUAUGAUAUUGCAAAGAGGCAUAUUUCCAUUUAUUUUAUUUUAUUAAAAGGCCUUAAAAAAGAGUAAUGGAAGGCGCAUAAGCUGAUUCGAUUUGCUUAUCGAGAAGAAUAUCGAAAGAAAAAAGAAACACCUUUUGAUUGUGUACUGGGACGAGCGAAUGCUCUUUUCUUUGCUCUUCUUGUCUCUUUAAAGCCCUCUUUCUGUAUAACCUUUUAUUAAUAAAACGAUUUCUUGCUUAGAAUCUCGUUGCACCGCAAACGGUGCUUCCAUCAUUUCCUGAGCUUACCCUUCAAUCCUCUUUUGGCCUGACCCUUGCAUUCUUCCCCAACACUUUAGUAUUUGUCUUUGGUAUUUUACUUUUUGCUUUGUAUCUAUAAUAAAACCCUCUUCUUGUUCAUUUUCCUCCUUGGAUUACGUCGAUUUUCAUGCAUUUCUUACCAUUACCCACGAAAACAUGUCUAAACUUUCUCAACUGCUAAAUGCCAAACGAGCAAACCAACAGAAUACCCCGGCGCCAGAAUCGUCCGGAAAGCUAACGUCUCUCUUGAAAACUCCACCUCCUUCUGUUGAAGAGCAUCCUGCGCCUUUGGACUUUUCGCAAACAACAUCCAAUGAUACCACAGAAUAUUCUGCUUCUUCUUCGCAACCUAGCGGUCUUUCUAAAUUAGCUGCGUUAGCUGCCCAGAAGAAAAAUCAAAACUCUGAAGAGGCUUCUAAUAAACGCCCCUUACCUUCAUCAUCGUCCUCCUCCUUACAACCAGAUACCAAAUCAAAUGAUUCAUUUGACAAGGAGCAAUUGCUACAGCGAUUUCGCAAAGUACGCAUUGCAGAAUCGAAAACUCCUUCCGAAGAACUUGACCAUGACACCCUUUCAAGAUAUCCGGCUCCUCCUGAAGAGCAAGUUAACAACAUCAAUUAUGAUCCCUCUUCUUCUGAAUUACCACAAUAUGACCUUUCUUCUUCAUCGCCUACGUCGAUGAUGGCGGCUCCAUCCAUCUUUGCUCGAUGUCUAACAGGUGCUAAAAAGAAAGCCAUGCAAAAGGAAAUUAAAGUGAACCUUAAAAGAAGCUCAAUUCUUGGCUUUAACGCUCCAAGUCCAGAUGACCUCGUUUUGAUGGCACAGUCGAAAUCCAAGGGUUUUCAAAAAUACAAUAGAAAAGACAGAGCGCUGUUUAAUUCCCUCCAGCAAUUAAAAAAUGCCAGCCUUCAACGAACUUCUACUUCAAUAGCUACACCAACCGUAACCAAAGAUGUAAUGGUGGAUAAAAGUAAGCUGUUGGAACUUUCGAAAGACAUAAAACCAACAAACCGUAUUUCAAUUUUCGGCGCACCGAAGGUUGGUAAGAAGACUCUUUUAGCUCGGCUUUUGUACCAAGUAGGAGCUCUCGAUAUCAAAUUAAUGCAAAGGUGCACUCUUCUUAAUUCUCGAAAGGAGAAUCUUUCCUCUGUUCUUGGUCGUAAUGAGUCCGGUCUCUAUCAGUUUGAAACAUUUUCUCAUAAUUACUUGUCAUCCCUUUUUGCCCUGCCCCUUCAUGAUCUUGCAGCUUUGGCGACAUUCUUGCAAACAACCGACAUCGCCGUCAUUGUCAUUCAUGCAAAAUAUCCAUUAGAUGAAAUUGAAAGCAUUGUCUGUUUGUUACGAUUAUUUUACGGUGUAACCAUUAAGAACGUUUUGUUUGUUGUAACUCAAAUGGACCAAAUCUCUUGGGAAGAAGAGCAAUACCAAUAUGUCGUGUCAUCUGUCAUAACUUGUCUGAAGGAAACCUAUAGCAUUACUGUUCCUUGGUCCUCUUUUCUUCCUGUCAGUGGAUUUAGAGGAGACAAUUUGACUACUCUUUCUUAUGGAACACUCCAAUCAUGGUACGACGAUGAGACUUUAUUGGGAAAAAUCGACGAGUUAUCCGAUAAGUCUAUUGAUGAGAAGCUCCAAUUGCAGCACUUACCCUUGUCUUUGACUAUAACGUCUUGGUCUUUACUUCCAGAAAACAAAAUUGCUGCACAAUUUGACGUACAUUCCGGUAUUGUUCAAGCAUACCAAAAAAUUUAUACCUCUGUCGGAAAGCUUGAGGCAAGAGUUCAAAGCCUCAAAUUACACCAACAUGCUCGAACUUGGUGCUUGCCAGGUGAACAUACUGAAAUGCAUCUAUCUUCUCUGCCAAAUUUAAUGAAUGGGACCCUUUGCAUAGACGUAGAAAAUUCCUACCAUCUAUCCCGAAUUGCUUAUAUUAGUGCAUUCACGUUUGAUUCGUCUCUCAAGGUGCACAGCCCCAUCUAUGUGAAUGCGUUCUUUGGUGCCUUCAGUAUGAAUGCUAAAGUAUUUUUCUAUUCCGAAGGAAAAGAGAAUACUAUGGCUUUACAGGGCUUGCAAUUUCAGAAUAAGAAUCUUUUCUUAAUCAGACUAGAGUUGGACCAACCUAUUCCCCUUGUGGAGUUUAACACGGUACCUUCUUUAAGUCGAGUUUUGUUGCUCUCGAAAGAAGCGAAGACUUUGUGGGCAUCCGGAAUAAUAAUAUCUGUUCAGAAAUAAGUUAUAAUGUCAUGAGAUGAUUUAAUUUUGAAAGCAUCCUUCCUUAUGGGCAUGUAUAUGACGGUACAAAAUGUCUGAGUCAGCUAGUAAUACUCAAAUGUUUCUCUUUACAAUACCCAUGUUUUAUUUUUUCUUUUUCUACUGCAAAGAUAAGUUAUGAAUGCUCUUUUCGUUUUUAUUUACAUUCUAUGUUUAUUUUUUAAUUGAAUUAUUCAAGAAGCGAAUAAACAAGUACGGUAUUUUGCGGAUACCGCAUUCGGUAAACCUCACUAU